AUGAACGAAGAAAGGUUGAUUGAAUUAGUACGGAAUCAUCCGUAUCUAUAUGAUACAUCUAAUAUGUACUAUAGAGAUGUACAUAAGAAGGAAGAGACGUGGGAGGAGAUAGCCGGAACGAUGGGGAUUCAAGUUACGCUAGCGAAGAAAAAAUGGCGUUGCCUACGUGAUCGCUACAUGCGUUCAAAGAAACUUAUUAAAGGAACAACCGGGCAAGCUACUAUUAAGGUUCAAGCAAUUGCUGCACUAGAGUUUCUAGAACCAUUCAUUCAGCCACGCUCUACAAACAGCAAUGUGCUUGCUCCGUUGCCAUCACCUUCCGGCUCAACAGAACGCACAUUCAGCCUACAACCAUCUUCCAGUCCAGUAGAUCAUGGAUACAGUCAACCACUAUCUUCCGGUUCAGCAGAACUCCCAUCCAGCCAACCACCAUCUUUCGAUCCAGCAGAACUCCCAUCCAGCCAACCACCAUCUUCUGGUCUAGCAGAACUCCCAUCUAGCCAACCAUCAUCUACCAACAAUAAUCCAAGACUACAACCACGACCAGGAACAUCACGACGACAAAACCGUUCACAGCAAGCGACGCGCAACCCGAUUAGUGAACUAGUCGAAUUCUUACAGACCAGAAACGAGCCCGAUGGCACCGAUAUGAUGUUUUUGGGAUUUUCAAAUUGUGUUAAAACAUUAACACCACGUAAUCAGAUGAGAAUCAAAUCAAAAAUCAUGCAGAUCAUAGCUGAAGUCACCGAAGAGGAAGCAAAUGAGAACAGUGCCAAUAGCCAAUAAAUUCGGUACGCGCGGGUUUUCCUUCUGUGGGCGAUAUUGCGCACGUGCCUCCGUCUUAAUCGUAAGCAAGUUCUCAAAAUCGUAGCCGAAAUCCUCUAUAUUCACAUCGGUUAAAUUGAACGACCUGCACACUUCCUUCA